UGUGUCCCCCCACUCGUGUCCCCCCCCCCAUCUUUCACCGUGGUGCGCUCCCGGCUGGCAGCGCCGUCCCCCCCCCGCCCCUGGCGCAGUCCCCGCCGCCGGCCCGGGGCCGAGGAUGCGGGGAAGGGGCCCGCGGAGAGGAGGGGGCUGCGUGGGGGGCUGACGGGGACGCCGCCAUGGCGCGGCACGAGGCCGGCGCCAGCCCGGUGGUGCGGCAGAUCGACCAGCAGUUCCUGGUGUGCAGCAUCUGCCUGGACCGCUACCGCAACCCCAAGGUGCUGCCGUGCCUGCACACCUUCUGCGAGAGGUGCCUGCAGAACUACAUCCCGGCGCAGAGCCUGUCGCUGUCGUGCCCCGUGUGCCGCCAGACGUCCAUCCUGCCCGAGCGCGGCGUGGCCGCGCUGCAGAACAACUUCUUCAUCACCAACCUCAUGGAGGUGCUGCAGCGCCAGCCUGACGGGCCCCAUCCUGCGCGCGGCGGCGACCCGCUCAGCGCCGUCACCGGCCAGCCCCUCUGCUGCCCCAACCACGAGGGCAAGGUGAUGGAGUUCUACUGCGAGCCGUGCGAGACGGCGAUGUGCCGCGAGUGCACGGCCGGGGAGCACCGCGAGCACCGCACCGUGCCGUUGCGAGACGUGCUGGAGCAGCACAAGGCGGCCCUGCAGCAGCAGCUGGACGCGGUGCGCAGCAGGCUCCCGCAGCUGGCGGCCGCCGUGGCGCUGGUGUCGGAGAUCAGCCGGCAGCUGGGCGAGCGCAAGGACGAGGCCGUGGCCGAGAUCGGCAGCACCUUCGAGGAGCUGGAGGCGGCGCUGCGGCAGCGCCGGGGGCUGCUGGUGCGCGACCUGGAGGCCGCCUGCGCCGCCAAGCAGAAGGUGCUGCAGGCACAGCUGGAGGCGCUGCGGCAGGGCCAGGAGAGCAUCCUGAGCAGCUGCGCGUUCGCGGAGCAGGCGCUGCGGCACGGCACGGCCGGCGAGGUGCUGCUGGUGCAGAAGCAGAUGGGCGAGCGGCUGGGCGAGCUGGCGGCGCGCGCCUUCCCCGAGCACCCGCACGAGAACGCGCAGCUCGACCUGGCCGUGGAGACCGACGCCGUGCGCCGCUCCAUCCUCAACCUGGGCGCGCUCGUCACCACCAGCGCCACGGCGCACCAGACGGUGGCCACGGGCGAGGGGCUGCGGCACGCCGUGGUGGGGCAGCCGGCCUCGCUCAGCGUCACCACCAAGGACAAGGACGGCGAGCUGGUGCGCAGCGGCGGCGCCUGCCUGCGCUUCCAGGUGACGGGGCCGGACGGCGGCGCGGCCGAGGCCGAGGUGCAGGACAACCGCAACGGCACCUACGAGCUGCAGUACACGCCGCGCGCCGAGGGCGACUUCCAGCUGUCGGUGCUGCUGUACGGGCAGCCCCUGCGCGGCAGCCCGUUCCGCGUGCGCGCCGUGCGGCCCUGCGACGUGCCGCCCUCGCCCGACGACGCCAAGCGCCGCGUCAAGUCCCCCAGCGGCGCGCACAUCCGGCAGAAGGCCGUGCGGCGCCCGUCCAGCAUGUACAGCAGCGGCAAGAAGAAGGAGAACCCCAUCGAGGACGAGCUCAUCUUCCGCGUGGGAAGCCGUGGCCGUGAGAAGGGCGAGUUCACCAACCUGCAGGGCAUCUCCACGUCCAGCAGCGGCCGCAUCGUGGUGGCCGACAGCAACAACCAGUGCGUGCAGGUGUUCUCCAACGAGGGGCAGUUCCGGCUGCGGUUCGGGGUGCGCGGCCGCUCCCCGGGGCAGCUGCAGCGCCCCACCGGCGUCACCGUGGACACCAACGGGGACAUCAUCGUGGCCGACUACGACAACCGCUGGGUCAGCAUCUUCUCCCCCGAGGGCAAGUUCAAGAGCAAGAUCGGGGCGGGGCGGCUGCUGGGCCCCAAGGGCGUGGCCGUGGACCGCAACGGGCACAUCAUCGUGGUGGACAACAAGGCCUGCUGCGUCUUCAUCUUCCAGCCCAGCGGCAAGAUGGUGGCCAAGUUCGGCAGCCGCGGCACGGCCGAGCGCCAGUUCGCAGGGCCCCACUUUGUCGCCGUCAACAACAAGAACGAGAUCGUGGUCACCGAUUUCCACAACCACUCCGUCAAGGUGUACAGCGCGGACGGGGAGUUCCUGUUCAAGUUCGGGUCGCACGGGGAGGGCAACGGGCAGUUCAACGCGCCCACCGGCGUGGCCGUGGACGCCAACGGCAACAUCAUUGUGGCCGACUGGGGCAACAGCCGCAUCCAGGUGUUUGACGGCGCGGGCUCGUUCCUGUCGUACAUCAACACGGCGGCCGAGCCGCUGUACGGGCCGCAGGGGCUGGCGCUCAGCGCCGACGGACACGUGCUGGUGGCCGACUCGGGCAACCACUGCUUCAAGGCCUACCGCUACCUGCAGUAGGGCUGCCCCACGGCUGCCCCACGGCUGCCCCGUGGCGUCCUGACCCACGGCGCCUGCCCCACCGCUACCUGCAGUAGGGCUGCCCCACGGCUGCCCCAGCACUACCUGCAGUAGGGCUGCCCCACAGCGCCUGACCCACAGCAGCCUGCCCCAUGGCAUCGUGCCCCACGGCGCCUGCCCCACCAGUGCCCCUGCCCCACAGCGCCCUGCCCCAGAGCCGCCCCGGCCUUCGCGUGCACUUUAUCCGGGGGCGGCCGGGCCGGCGCGGGGCGAGGACGGGCAUGGCGGGGGGGCGGUGCCGGGGGUCCUGCCCCACGGACGGGGGUCCCGACGGCACGUGGGAGCGUGUGGGGCCGGGGGAGCAUCAGGCAGGGCUGGGGCUGUGGGGCGGCUGUGGGGCGGUGGGUCCUGGAGCCCCCGCCCCCCAGGGGCUGCCCCCUGCCAGCCCCAUAGCCCAGCCCCAGCUGUGGGGCCACCGCGCGUGCCUGCUCCAUGGUGGGGGUGUGGGGCUGCCUGCCCCGCAGCGGGUGUGGGAUGUGGGUCCCUGCCCCACGGCGGGUGUGGGGUGUGGGUCCCUGCCCCACGGUGGGUGUGGGGUGUGGGUCCCGGCCCCACGGCGGCUGUGGGGCCGCACGCUGACAAACAGUCUGUACAAAAUAAAAUAUUCUGGAAGAA